AUGAACUUGCUUCCAAAAACUCGCGAGGAGUUUGGCAAAACAGACUAUUGGAACGAUUUCUUCAAAAAGCGCGGCGAAUUCGAGUGGUAUGGCGAAUACUUGGAGCUCUGCGAUCACAUUCAUAAAUAUGUAAAGCCUGCAGACAAGGUCCUGAUGUUGGGCUGCGGCAAUUCCAAACUAUCAAUGGACAUGUAUGACGCCGGCUUUUGCGAUAUUACCAAUAUUGAUAUCUCACCUGUUGCUGUCAAAAAGAUGCUCGAAGUUAAUAUGCGCAAGCGCGCUGACAUGAAAUUCUUGCAAAUGGAUGCGACGGCCAUGACCUUUGAGGAUGAGACAUUUUCUGUCGAGCUGGACAAGGGGACACUGGAUGCACUCUUUGUAGACGACUCAGAUGCAACCAAAGCCAUUGUAGAGCGCUACUUUAAAGAGAUUCUACGGACCAUGCGGAAUGGAGGUCGUUAUGUGUGUGUAUCAUUGCUGCAGGAGCACAUUAUAAAAUAUCUGGUCGAGUACUUACCACAACAUGGUUGCAUGCUACGCAUUGUACACUGCUCUGAUUUGGAUAGGGUGCACAAAAAUAAAAACGGCGACGAUGCCUUAACAAUGCCGGUUUUUAUAGUGGUUGCAACGAAAUUUAAAAGUCACAGCCUUCCCAUGCAGAUUCUAGAAUUUAGUCUUGACAAUGACAAAAUGCAACGUCUUGGAAGCGCCUCUGAGCUUAUCAGUGCUGUCGAUUCAGUUCAAAAAGUUGCUUUGGUUUGCAAUGGCCUUGUGCGCUCAAACAUUGCGGGUCACAACGAGGUAACGAUGGACUUGCACAGACCCUCUGAGGAGACACCCCGCUACACCCUGCACAUAUUAGAUCAACCGCCAGCCCGUGGAUUGGGCAAAUAUGCAGCUUUUAUAGUUCCACAAGGGCGAGAAAUCGAAUGGUUUUUUGCCACACCCGCCGGACGCAAGAAACUUCAAGCUUCAGCGAAGUUUCAACGCUUGGCAGUUGUUACACUACAUCGUGAUCAGAUAUACAGCUCGUUGGAUGAGGUGAAAAAGGAGCUAGCCGAAAGCAUACGACAUUUGGCGCCAGCAGGACUGGUCGAACAAAUACCAUAUUUAUCGUUAGGAGCCGAUGUGGGCAAACGUGAGACGUUGAUUAGUGGCUUCUCUAACAUAUCUGGCGAUUUUCGCAUCGAGGAAGUGGAGUCCAAUGGCAAAACCCUUCGUCGUUUAAUAUUUCUCAACAAUCAAUUUGUGGUGCAGUCCGAGGCGUUGGUCAAAACAGUUACGCUCAAAAGUAAAAAGGAGCGGAAGAAGAUUGAUUUUGGAUAUUUGGCCUGCCAGCAUCACGUUUUCAUGUCUGUUGGCGUGCAGUUGGCUACCACGUUAAGAAACCCAAAGAAAGAUAUGCAGAAAGAUGUUUUGGUGAUUGGAUUGGGUGGCGGUGGCUUGUGCAGUUUUUUACAUGCGGCAUUACCGCAAACACGCAUUACUGCUGUUGAAAUCGAUCCUAUCAUGCUAGAGGUUGCUGAACAAUAUUUCGAUCUAAAGCAAGAUAAACGCCUUCAUGUCGUUAUAGAUGAUGGUUUGGAGUUUGUGAAGCGUUGUUGCGAUGAAGACAUUCACUUCGAUGCUGUUCUGUUUGACGUUGACAGCAAGGAUCUAUCCCUUGGCAUGAGCUGUCCGCCGAAAAGUUUUAUAGCCGAUAAUAUAUUGCAGCACAUUUCACAGAUUAUUGGACCAAGGGGUUUAUUCAUGCUAAAUCUUGUGUGUCGAGAUGAAAAUUUGCGUACAGAGGCGCUGAAGAAUAUUAAGGAAGUGUUCUCAGCAGUUUGUUGUUAUAAGCUGGAUGAGGACAUCAAUGAGAUUGUCUACUGUGCAAACGACGAAAGGUGCAAAACCAUCGAUCAGUGGAAAAAACAAAUGGGCACUGCUGGUCGUGGUCUAAACGCUGUUAUCAAAGAACACAAACUCGCCACAGAAGAUGUGCUGGAAGUAGCCGACUUUUUGGGCGAAUUAAAAAUUUAGUAUGUAAUACUCAGUUGUAUAUUGAACAGUUAAAUAAUAAAAACGGACGACAUAAGAGUGUGUAUGAUAGUCA